UUCCUCCGCCUCCUACAAAAGGCGAGAUUGGCAAUGAUCAACCACCAAGUCCUUCUGGCUUCCCACGUGCGGAUCUUUUCUUCCUCUUGCAUACUCUCCGGCGCCCUCAAUCCUAGCGCCGCCAUGUCCACCUCUGGUGCCGUCGUCCACCCGUCUGUCGCCGAGCAGAAGCAUGCUCUUCGAUCCAGAAUCAAGAAAGAACUCCGGUCGCUUCCCGCCGACCAGCGAAGCAAAGAAGAUACGGAAAUUCAGAACUUCGUACUGAAUUCUCCAUGGUUCAAGUCUGCUAAGAGGUUAUGUGCUUAUAUAAGCUGUGAUGCGCUGAGGGAGGUUGAUACAACAAGAAUUUUGUCAGAAAUUCUGAAGAAUAAAACUCCUUAUGUGCUUGAUCACUCAGAGGAGAUGGUGAUGGUGUGCGGAUUUCAAGUGAUCUCCGGCCAUGACUACGAUGGUGGUGUCUAUGGCGAAGGCAGUAGGCUGGAGGUCGAGGCAGUUGAGAGGAAGUUGUUGCAGCUUUGGAGCGCAAGAGGUCAAGACCAUCACACACAGAUGAGGAAAAAGCUGUAUGUCCCUCGAGUUGAAGACAAGAAUAGUAAUAUGAGGAUGCUACACAUCUCAACGACUGAAGAUCUGGUAGUGAGUUCGAUGAAUAUAUUUGAACCAUCUCCAACAGAUGCUAGUGGAAAUCAUCGUGAGGAUGCUAUGCUGGCAAGCGAGCCGGUUGAUAUUUUUCUUUUACCUGGUGUUGCCUUCGACAGGCAGGGACAUCGUCUUGGCCGUGGUGGCGG